UCCCCUACACCUUGGGCAGGGCGGCGCGGCGGCGGGCUCGGGGGCGGACUCAGGCGCCCCGCCCCGUGCGGAGGGUGGAGCUGGGCUGCGGGACGGGCUUCACUCCGGCCGGGCGUCGCGGCGCGCACACUGUCCGGCGAGUCAUGACGGACGCCCUGGUGCCCCGGGGCUGCCGGGCGGCGCGGCCAGCAGAGCGCGGCUGUUUCCGAAAGGGAUGUAACCCCUUGGCUGAGACUGGCCGAAGCAAACUGCAAAAUCAAAGAGCUGCCCUAAACCAACAGAUCCUGAAAGUAGUAAGGUUGAGAACUGGUGCUGAAAAUCUUUUACGAGCAACCACUAACAACAAAGUGCGAGAACAGGCACUUCUUGAACUGAGUUUUGUAAACUCAGACCUGCAAAUCUUAAAGGAAGAAUUAGAAGGCCUUAAUAUCUCAGUGGAAGUUUAUCAGAACACAGAAGAGACUUUUAGCAUUCCCCUGAUACCACUUGGCCUGAAGGAGACUAAAGAAGGGGACUUUACAAUCCCUCUUAAGGACUUUAUCCUGGAACAUUACAGUGAAGACAGUUCUGACUAUGAAGAUGAAAUAGCUGAUCUUAUGGAUUUGAGACAAGCCUGCCGUACUCCCAGCAGAGAUGAAUCCGGCAUUGAGAUGUUGAUGAGCUAUUUCAUUCAACUUGGCUUUAUAGAGAACAGAUUUUUUCCACCUACCAGACAAAUGGGGAUUUUAUUUACCUGGUAUGAUUCCUUCACAGGCGUCCCUGUCUGUCAGCCGAAUUUGUUGCUAGAAAAAGCCAGUAUUUUAUUUAACAUUGGAGCCCUCUACACACAGAUUGGUACAAGAUGUAAUCGGCAGACCAAGCCUGGACUUGAAAAUGCUGUUGAUGCUUUUCAGAGAGCUGCAGGUAUUUUAAACUACCUAAAGGAAACAUUUACUCACACACCAAGUUAUGACAUGAGCCCGGCCAUGCUGAGUGUACUGGUCAAAAUGAUGCUUGCUCAAGCUCAAGAGUGUGUCUUUGAGCAGAUCAGUCUCCCUGGAAUACGAAAUGAAUUUUUCACACUAGUGAAGAUGGCUCAGGAAGUUGCUAAGGUUGGAGAGGUUUACACGCUUGUUAACACUGCAAUGAAUCAGGCACCAGUCCAGGCGAACAUCCCUUAUUCCUGGUCAAAUAUGGCAAAAAUAAAAUCAGACCAUUACAAAGCUCUGGCACAUUACUUUGUUGCUACUCUACUGAGUGACCACCAGUUGCAUCCCAGUGAUGAUGAAGACAAACAGGAAAAGGCCUGGUCCCAACUGCAUGACUACAUGCCAGAAGGAUUGACAUCCCUAACCAUUUUAAGGGAUAAAGUUCAGCGAAAACGAUUAGGGAAAGCACAUUUACGCAAAGCCAUUGUUUAUCAUGAAGAAGCACUGAGGGUCUGUGGUUUGUGCAAGCAGCUGCGGAAUAUUGACAUUCUUCAGGAGAUCCUGUCAGUUGCUCACAAGCGUUCACUUACCAAGUAUGCUCAGCAUGAGCAGGAAGAUGACUUCCUGAGUUUAAUGGAAGCAUCCUCUGUCCUUCCGAAAACAGAGCAUAAAGUAGAAAUGGUUGUUCCUCAGUUCUCCAAGGUGAAAGUGAAAGACUUCUUUGAGAGGCUGGGCCCAUUGCCUGUGUUUUCUGCCAAGCAGAGAUGGACAGUGCCACGCACUAUUCAUUUCCAUUGUCAAGAAGGGGAAUUGGGAUUCACUCUUAAAGGGGGCCCACCCGUGCAAAUUCACUGUCUCGAUCCCAGUUGUUCUGCAGCAUUAAAGGGUCUGAAAGAAGGAGACUAUAUUGUUACAAUUGAUGGCCUGGAUUCCAAAUGGCUGGAAGUGAAUGAUGUCUUGGAAAAGUUCAAAAGCAUGGCAGAGCAUGAUAUUGAGAUUAAGGUUAUUAGCUGUCAGGAUACGAUGGCUUCUGUGCAUAAUAAGAGUGCGACUUAUUCUGUGGGAAUGCAAAAGACAUACUCCUUGAUCUGCUUAGCCAUGGAAGAGGAUAAAAUCAACAAGACCAAGAAAGCCACUCCAAAACUGUCCUUCCUAAGUUGGGGAACCAAAAAUAGGCAGAAGGCUGCAAGCACCCUGUGCCUUCCCUAUGCUGUAGCUGGAAGUUCUCAGAAUAAGAAGAAACUUGAUUCUCGCUUGACAGUCCUGAACAUUGAAAGUUCACUGUACUGAGUCUUCAAAGAGAAGAAUCUGUUUUAAUGUGAAACUAUUUCUAAAUGUAGAAGAAUCUUUGUGCAUGUGCCAGAAAUGUGAAACACAUGUGGAAGGGGCUAUAUACUAAUCUUUUACACCUAUGUAAACAAAGACCAACUCCACCGACCUGAAGUGUAGUUACUAUGCAUUUACACUAGUGUAACUGGAGGUCAAACAAUUCAAAACUAACUUUGAAAACUAAAUUGUUUAGAGUCUGAACAUACAUGUAGUGUUUGAUCAGAAUGAGAAGUAGUGUGGGAGGUAUCAUUUGUAAAAAAACAAAAAAAACCCUAACUGAAACUGGACUCCUUUGGAAUUUCAGUAUGGGGGUGUUUCAGUUUAUUUCUGUGCACACUUUAGAUGACAGUUAUUUAUUACAUAUGAUACUGUAUAUAGAAUAGUACUGGACAUAAAAUGAAGGAUUUUUUUAAAUUUAAAAAUUGAAUAUUCAUAACAAAAAAUUAAGCAUCAGUUUAAGCUAAGGCUAACUAGAGAACAAAUGACAAGAACAGACAAGUUUGUUAUGACAGAACUAUUAUUUGCUUAGGUGAAAUUUACCCUGUGCAAAGGAACAGUACAAGGCCUAUGUAUCAUGUAGCUCACACUUCGAGCCCUCAUGAAUGUUUUCCUUCUACAUAAGCGUGAAUUUCACUGUAGGAAAAGAAUUGCAAUAGCUUAACCAUGAAAGGAGAUCACAUUUCAGCUAGAAAAGGGGUUGACAGUACUAAUUAAAAAACAAAACAAAC